UGCAAGGUUUGCAUAUUUGCUAUUGAAGCCUUCUUGGGGUGAUGGGGAUUACACAAGCAAAGGGACUCUAAUUUUAGAAGUAAUAGAUGAUGAAAUUGAAGAAGGUGAUAAAGAAAAGUUUGAGAGCAACAACGGGGAAGAUCAUGAACAUGAUGACGAAGGGAUAGAAGAUAAGCAUCAUAUAGUUUGUGCUGUUGAAAGCUUUUAUCCUCAGAGAGGUGGCAAAGUUCUUUCUCAAACUUGCACUCUGAUGAAAAGGAUAAAGAGAGGGAUGAGAAGGAAGAUAGAAAACUUGAAUUUGCAUUUUGAGAAUCAUGUAGCUUGUGAAACUCAUGCAUUAGAGAGGGAGCAAAAGAUUGAAAGUUUUGCUACUGAGUCACCUAUUAGAGCACAAUCAACAUAUCUACCUCAAUCUCAAGAUCCAGCCUGCUCAUAUGAAUGCACACAAGAAGAUGAAUAUUCAACAAGUGAUGAUAAUGCUGAAGUUCAAAAUGCUUUUGAUGAAUUCAUUGCUCAGAAUAAUCUUUCCAAUAAGCCUCCAUUUCAUGAACCAGACUGCUCUUGUCAAUGCAUACAAGAAGAUCAAUCUUCAACCAAUGAUGAUGAUACUGAAGUUCCCAAUGCCUUUAAUGAACUAGAAGAAGAGAGAAGUGCCUCUGCAAUAGCUGCUAACCAGACAAUGACAAUGAUUACCAGGCGGCAGGAAGAAAAAGCAGCAAUGCAAAUGGAAGCAUUGCAGUGCCAAAGAAUGAUGGAAGAGCAAUCAGAGUAUGAUCCGGAAGCUUUGCAGAUUUUGAAUGAUUUAAUGAUGAAAAGAGAGAAAGAGAAGCAAGAACUUGAAAUGGAAUUGGAAGAGCACAGGAAAAAGAUACUGGACUAUGAAGGAAAAGAGAAAUUGAGGGUGUUGAGAAGAAAAGAUGGAAUUGAUGAAGACAAUGGCAUCUUCAACCAUGAGGAAAGCAGCCACAACAAUUUAAGUGCUGAUACAGUUUCAAAUUUGGAGGAGAUGGCAAUAGACUGUGCAAAGUAUAUAAGUGUUGUUGAUAAUUCAUUGGCAGAAUUUGAGGAAGAGAAGGUGUCCAUUCUAGAUGAGUUCAAAGCAUUGAGGGAAAAACUUAUCGCAGUGGUGAUAUAA